AUUGUAUGUGUGUAUGUUUGUGAGUGAGAGAGUGAGUAAAGCUUAGUGUGUGUGUUUUCUUUCUGCCAUAUAUAGGGGCAAACUUGAUUCGAGACGAGGUUGUGUGUUCUAUAGUCUGUGAUCUAUGUGCAAACCUCUCUUUCUUUCUAUCAUUCUUUCUUCUAUACCCUCAGGACUAUAAGGAGCUCUGCAUACUUGGCCUGCUUUAGCCAAAGUUGGAGGAAAAUUAUUGAGCACUUGAUCCAUUAUUUUGUCCAGUUGAUUUCGAAGAUCUGGUCAGUUGCUGGCAAACAUGGAAGGAAUGAAUGACGUUCAUGAUGACGGAUCCUUCAUGUUCACCUCAGAGUCUGUGGGAGAAGGGCAUCCAGAUAAAAUCUGUGACCAAAUCAGUGAUGCAGUUCUUGACGCACACUUGAAGCAGGACCCGGAUGCCAAAGUGGCCUGUGAAACUGUUUGUAAGACUGGUAUGGUACUUCUCUGUGGUGAGAUCACAUCUCGGGCCAACGUUGACUACCAGAAGGUUGUGCGAGACACCAUUAAACACAUUGGUUACGACAACUCUGAAAAAGGAUUCGACUAUAAAACCUGCAAUGUGCUGGUGGCUCUCGAGCAGCAGUCUCCUGAUAUAGCGCAGGGUGUCCACGUUGACAGACAUGAGGAAGAUAUUGGAGCUGGAGACCAGGGGCUCAUGUUUGGCUACGCCACUGAUGAGACGGAGGAGUGCAUGCCACUCACUAUUGUCCUCGCUCACAAACUCAAUGCCAAAAUGGCCGAGCUGCGGCGGGAUGGCACCAUCCCAUGGCUCCGCCCCGACUCAAAAACUCAGGUCACUGUGCACUACAAGCAGGAGAAUGGCGCUGUUAUUCCUCUGCGUGUCCACACAGUGGUCAUCUCCGUCCAACAUGACGACUGUAUUUCACUGGAGGAGCAGCAGCGUAUUCUGAAGGAGAAGGUCAUCAAAGCUGUGGUGCCAGCAAAAUAUCUCGAUGAUAAGACUGUCUACCAUCUGCAGCCAAGUGGACGCUUUGUCAUCGGAGGGCCUCAGGGAGAUGCCGGUGUCACAGGUAGGAAGAUUAUUGUGGACACAUAUGGUGGAUGGGGGGCUCAUGGUGGUGGAGCAUUCUCUGGAAAGGACUACACCAAGGUGGACCGCUCUGCUGCCUAUGCUGCACGCUGGGUGGCUAAGUCUCUGGUCAAGGCCAAACUGUGCAGAAGAGUGUUGGUUCAGGUGUCUUACGCCAUUGGAGUCGCCUACCCUCUCUCAAUCUCCCUUUUCACCUACGACUCAUCAGAAAAAACAGAGAAGGAGUUGCUACAGAUUGUCAACAAGAACUUUGACCUCCGACCAGGUGUCAUUGUUAGGGACCUGAACCUGAAGAGACCGAUCUACCAGAGCACCGCCUGCUACGGUCAUUUUGGCCGGUCAGAGUUCCCCUGGGAGAUGGCCAAGAGUCUCAAGGUUUAAACUGAGAGGCGCGCGCCAGUCUUACAUUCAGUCAUUCAGGAGCUCUUUCUUCCAGCGCUCCUCUCUCAGAUGAUUUCAGUUCUCUUCCCACAUAUGCUACAUUUCAGAUUAGACGAAUAUAUAGGCCUACUGUAAAUUGAAUCCGGUCUUUUAUUUAGAAGACUGCCGUGAAAGGAUCCCUCACAACUGUUUCAUCGCAUCAGCACUCAUGACAAUCUACCAUUCCUUCCGUGUUGCCAACUAAGUUUCAGGGGAAGUUGCUAAAGGCAGAUCGAUUUGUUGCUACAAGUUGCAAAAUGACGUUGUGAUGUCAUUGCUUGAUGACCUCACUGCAUAACCACGACACAAAACAGCAUUUUUAUGUAGAGCACACAACGAGAUUACUCAAAUCUCAGCGAAUUUUUUUUUUUAAAUGUUAUUUGUUCAUUCAAAUAUUAUAAACAUACAAUAUUGUAAUUUGUAAAAGUAACAAGUAGCAUCUUUAUGAUCGGAUUUUGUACAACAUUAAAUUAUUGAACAGUUAGCCUACACAUUUUAUGUACUUUUCUUAUUAAGUAGUAAAACUGCACAUUCUGAACAAUUUUUCUUACAGUGUACCUAACUGGACAACAAUUAUAUGUACAAGCUAAUAACAUGCUGUAGCCUAUCAUUAAUGUGCAUUUAUUAUUGACCAAUUGGAACUAGCAACUUAAUGCACAUUUGAUGUUUGUACUGUUAGGCAUCUUUCUCCAGCUCUCUCCAGACUGAUGUGCUGCUUGACUGGCUAGCUGUUCAAUGGUUUCCUGUUUUUAUGUAAUUUAGAUGAAAAUAUGUGCCUUUAUUAUCAUUAUGAUCAUUUGUUGCUAAAAAAAAAAGAAAAGAAAAAAAGUUUCUUGGGUAUUCUGAAAAGUUACAAAAUCUAGCAACAAAAUUGCUAAAUUGGCAACACUGCAUUCCUUCAAGCUAAAGUGCAUCCUAGCCUAUACCAGCUUAGAAUAUAGAGAAAACUUUAAGUAAUCAGCUCAUAGUUUGAUUACCUUAAAAAGUGUAAGUACUGUGACUCUGUGGUGCUAUCAAAACAUUACUCUGUCAGCAGCAACACUGGCAUGAGUUUUGGGCGGGAAUAUCAAUGGAGAAGAGCUUGGGAAAACUGCAGUGCAAUUCUGUUUGGUGCCACUAGUGCCUCAGAAAAACACAUUUCGGCUUUAUAGCCUUACGUAAAAUGAUUUAAAUAAUUAUUAUUCAUUUUCUUUUUCUCUUUCAAUUUCUGUUUCUUUUUUAUGAGCCAAAUGAACUAUUUAGUCAGUUUUUCAUUGUGGCUGUAACAAGUUAAAGCAGUGUGUUGCGAAGAGUUAUAAGCAUAUUGUGGACCACUGGGAGCUUUAGGUUUUAUAAGUUAUACAAUCUGAUAAACAUAUUCCUUGCAUCAUAUAUUUACAGUCUUAAAAGGGUCUAAUUUGUGUGCCUCUUUCUUGCAUCAUAAGAACUUUUUGACUGCAUUAUCUCAUUAAUGUUUGAUAAUGGCAGAGGGGUAUUAUGAGAAUAUUGUUGUUUACGUGUACAGAUCCUGUGCUGGUCUUACAUUAAUUGUCAUCCCUGGAGAGUGAGCAUAUGUGUGUGUGUGUGUGUGUAUGUAGCCUACUUCAGUUAUGAACAAAGCCAGAUUAUGUUGCAUACUUGAAAUGUGUGUGAAAGCCGCUCAUUUGUUUUCUUUAGACUUCUGGGAGUUCAGCAGAGGCAUUAACCCCUAAAAACACUAUAAACCAUCUUCUUCUUGCUGUUUUCUUUCAGAUUUUCAACUUUUGUCUAUAAGAUUGAAUUAAGAAUUUGACAUGUAAAUAAUUGUGGAUAAUUGAAGUUGAAGAAAAUUCUUCAUAUA